CGCUGUACGACGGGCGCCGCGCUCCUCCUACUGCUCCCGCGGGCUGUCCCAUCCCGCGUCACGUGCGGCCCCGCCCCGUCCCACUCGUGCGGGUGGCUGAGCGGCUGCCGCCUCCCGCGCGCGGACAUGGCGCUCGACCCCGCAGAAUUCCUGGUCACUUGGGUUCCUGGAAGAUACUUACCCCUUUGGAUUUAAGGGUUCUCUAGGAAUUUGAGGAGCAGAGCAGCAUCUCAGACAUGUUGAAAAAGAUAUUUUGAUCCCUAAAAUGAUGAGAGAAAAGGCCCGGGAAAGAUGUUCUGAACAAGUUCAAGAUUUCACUAAAUGUUGCAAGGACUCUGGAAUCCUUAUGGUAGUAAAAUGCCAGAAAGAAAAUUCUGCAUUGAAGGAAUGUCUAACCACUUACUAUAAAGAUCCAGCCUUUUAUGAAGAAUGCAAAAUGGAAUACCUGAAGGAAAGGGAAGAAUUCAGAAAAACUGGAAUUCCUGCCAAGAAAAGGCUGCAGAAGCUUCCCACAAGCAUGUAGACAAAUAUUCAAAUGAUACUCAGGAAUCCAAUGUUCUUGGAAAUCACGAUCACCUGAGAUGAUGGACUCAAGGAAGUGUGUUUCCUUUAUCCUUAAUUAUGGAAAUAAUUUUAUCUGAAAUAAAGAUUUUUUUUUUAAACUUCAAA